AUGGCCGAGCGGUCUAAGAUUGCUGCCUCUGAACGCCCUUUGCCUCAGACGACGCCCCACCUCAUGCCAUUCCACAUCGCGUACUCCGGCCCAGCACCCAUCUCCACCUACUUCCUCGUUCGCGAUGCCCCAGAACCUACCUUUGGACGCGAAACAAAAUCCACUAUACCCGACCGAGAUCUUGCGCAGUCUCAAGAUAUUUCUGACUCCCAGACCACCCUUGUGGCCAGCUCGUCUACCUUCUCUGGAUCGCUAGGCCCCUCGAGCUCGUCCGCCACUAUCACGGAUGUAAAUAUGCAAGAGCUCGGGAGCGACAAACCCCGCCCACGCCACUUUGCCUCUGCGUUCCGAGGACGGACGAUGCACGGCCUCGAGGUCGCCCUGCCCGAAGGGUAUGCCGGCGUCGUCCUGCGCGCGCCAGACGACCGCAAGCGCAAGAGCACAGCCCCGCCCUCCAGGGUCGCGGAGGAGCAGGAUUCUAAGGCGCGCGCGAAGGCGAAAUCAAAAGGGGCUGGGCGCACGACGCGGCAGGCGAAACGCGCUGCAGAGCCGGUGGAGGAUGAGGCGGAAGAGGAGGGCGCCGCUGGAGGUCAGGACGCAGGACCGGCGCGCGUGCUCACCCCUGCGGCGAUGUUCUCGUCCUUCGUGCUGUGGCACCCCGACAUACCCGUGGACGAAUCGCGCGACGAGUAUAUGCGCUCGCUCACAGAGUGGACGCGGCUGUCUGCAGAGAUCCAUCGAGUGGACGAUUGCUAA